UACAAUAGAUCUGAUGUCUGUCAGUAGACUGCACUUCAGAUUGUGUUCCUGCAGCAGAGCUUCACUCCGUCUCUAAUCAGCAGCAGAUCUUACAGCUGGAAACGUAGGGUCUAAACAGGAGAUUCUUGCACUUCACGAAGGUUGAUGUUUCUCAAUGAACGAAAUGAUGGACGUCUGGAGAACAGAGAAAAUAAUUCUACUCUGCUUUCUUUUGAAAGGUGUUUGCUGUAAAGAUUUUAGCGUUAGUCUGCCAGAGAAGAUUGAAGCUCUCAGUGGAUCCUGUGUGAUCAUAAAGUGCACUUUUGAGAUUGAAACGAAAUAUGACCAAGACCUCAAUGAGAAAAAUGCUACAGGAGUGUGGUUCAAAGAUGGAACUGAUGAUGUUACACAUCAAGUGUUUAACUCCAGAGAUCCCAAACCUAAUCACUUUCAUGGGAAAAUAACUGGAAAACUGCAUGAGAAGGACUGCACCACUGUCUUUUAUAAUGUUAGCUCAAAGCACAAUGGUAAAUAUUACUUCAGGAUUAUGAGUGGAGAUCUGAAAUACACCUACAAACAAAACUUAUCUACUAUAAAUGUCAUCGAGUCUCCUCCCAAAAGCAGAGUGCAGCUGUCUGUGGAGCAGAGGGAGGUGCAGGGUCAGGAGGAGGUGUUGGAGGGGAGCUCUGUGAGUCUGCGCUGCUCUGCUGAGACUCUCUGCUCCUCUCCUCCACCAACUCUCACAUGGAGCUCCUCUCCCAGAAUCCCCCUCAAUGAGAGCAGCAGACUACAGGAGCUCAUCUCUGAUCUGAACUUCACUGCUACUCACCGUGAGCACGGAGUCACUUUCACCUGCACUAUAACCUACCAGCUACAGGACAAGAACAAAACAGAACAGGACAGCAUCACACUACAUGUUCAGUAUUCACCCAAAAACACAACAGUGUCUGUGAUUCCCUCCAGCUCUGUGUUGGAGGGCAGUUCAGUGACUCUGAUCUGCAGCAGUGAUGCAAAUCCAGCAGUGAACUACACCUGGUCCAGAGAGAGUGAAGGACAGUUGAAGCAGCUGCAGACUGGAGACACUCUUACCUUCAAUAGGACCGACCCGACACACAGAGGCUGGUACCACUGUACAGCUCAGAACCAACACGGCAGCCAAAACUCAUCAGUGAUGCUGGACAUUCAGUAUGCCCCCCAAAACAUGUCAGCUUUAGUGAUUCCCUCCAGCUCUGUGUUGGAGGGCAGUUCAGUGACUCUGAUCUGCAGCAGUGAUGCAAAUCCAGCAGUGAACUACACCUGGUCCAGAGAGAGUGAAGGACAGUUGAAGCAGCUGCAGACUGGAGACACUCUUACCUUCAAUAGGACCGACCCGACACACAGAGGCUGGUACCACUGUACAGCUCAGAACCAACACGGCAGCCAAAACUCAUCAGUGAUGCUGGACAUUCAGUAUUCACCCAAAAACACAGCAGUGUCUGUGAUUCCCUCCAGCUCUGUGUUGGAGGGCAGUUCAGUGACUCUGAUCUGCAGCAGUGAUGCAAAUCCAGCAGUGUUGAACUACACGUGGUCCAGAGAGAGUGAAGGACAGUUGAAGCAGCUGCAGACUGGAGACACUCUUACCUUCAAUAGGACCGACCCGACACACAGAGGCUUGUACCACUGUACAGCUCAGAACCAACAUGGACACCACAACUCAUCAGUGAUGCUGGACAUUCAGUAUUCACCCAAAAACACAACAGUGUCUGUGCUUCCCUCCAGCUCUGUGUUGGAGGGCAGUUCAGUGACUCUGAUCUGCAGCAGUGAUGCAAAUCCAGCAGUGAACUACACCUGGUCCAGAGAGAGUGAAGGACAGUUGAAGCAGCUGCAGACUGGAGACACUCUUACCUUCAAUAGGACCGACCCGACACACAGAGGCUGGUACCACUGUACAGCUCAGAACCAACACGGCAGCCAAAACUCAUCUGUGAUGCUGGACAUUCAGUAUGCCCCAAAAAACAUGUCAGCUUUAGCGAUUCCCUCCAGCUCUGUGUUGGAGGGCAGUUCAGUGACUCUGAUCUGCAGCAGUGAUGCAAAUCCAGCAGUGAACUACACCUGGUCCAGAGAGAGUGAAGGACAGAUGAAGCAGCUGCAGACUGGAGACACUCUUACCUUCAAUAGGACCGACCCGACACACAGAGGCUGGUACCACUGUACAGCUCAGAACCAACACGGCAGCCAAAACUCAUCUGUGAUGCUGGACAUUCAGUAUUUUCCUCAGAUCUCAGUUUCUUCCAGCUGCAGCAGAACUGAUGUAACUGUGUGUUUCUGUGAGGCUGAUGGGAAUCCCUCUCCUGAACUGGAGUGGCGUCUGUCUGGACGUCCUGUCACUAACUCUUCAAACACGUUCAUCAGUGAAGAGCGAUUGAGCAGCACAGUCUUGAGGAGCUCCAUCACUCUCCAUCAGUCUCUCACAAACACAUCUACUCUGCAGUGUCUCAGCAGAAACACUCGAGGAACUGCGAGUUAUCUGUUUCAUCUGCCUUCAUCUGUUGAACGUUUGAAUCAUUUCUCUUUGCUGAUUGGAGUUGUUGUUGUGGGUCUGGUGGUCAUCUGGUUGUUAAGCGCCAUUACAUGCAUCUGUGUACGAAAAGGGAAUGGGAAGCUUUCACAGACUACACAAGAAGGCACCAAGAGAAUUGAUCAAAGUACCAGUGAAGUCGCUCCACAUGAGAAUCAAGAUGACCCUGUUUAUGUCAUGAUGUCAUCUGCUGCAGCCGCAGGAAAUCAAGACUCUGUCAUUUAUUCCCCCAUUGUCUUCACAAAAUCAGAAUCACAAGAGUUUGGUAGCCCCUCUUCGCUUGACUACGCUGUGAUGCAGGAUUGUUCUGAAGGGCUGUUAAAGACUGAGAGCUCAAUAGGAGAGUCUUCAAGAGCUAGAGAAGCACAGGUGAUUGUGAGUGCGAAUGUGCGAAAGAAACAAACAGAGGAAGAGAUGUUUGAAGACUCCUCUCAGCUUUACGCAAAGGUUAAACGCUGAAACCCAUAGAAAACUGGAGAGUUUGCCAUUCCUCUAUUUUCCUAAAAAUAUAUAUAUAUUUCAGAUACUGUAUAUGUAAACAAGAUAAAAAUUUAACAUUUACUUUCAGUAUUGCUGACUCAUCACACAACUUUACAGGUGAAAUGUGUUGGUUAAAACAGGCAAGCAAACUCAUGGGUUAAAAACAGUGGAGAAUGCAAGGAUAAAAGGGGGACUGUAAAAACUUGCAUUUCUUACAUUUAACCUUACAUCUUACAUUUUUAGUAUUUAAUCUUUUGUUGUAUAUUAUAUCAAUAUUCCCCAAAUUUCCAUUCUUUGGUGUUUUCGGGGAAUAUUAAAUCCACAUGAGAUUAUUUAAAAUCCCUUGGAUUUGCUAUGGAAAUUGGAAAGUGAUAGGUUCUAGUUUAUACAUAAUACUGAUUUGAGAUCAACACAUAUUCUGGAGCAGAAGCACUUCUGAAUUAAUGAAUAUCAAAAUCAUGCUUUUGAGUCUAAACUGAAGUUCCAACCAAAGAAUCUACGAAUUCUCCAUAGCAAACUGUGUGUUGUUUUAUUUUCUUACAGUUUUAUUUGUUUGUAAUCAUUUAAUCAUUCAAUUAUUUUAUUUAAUCAUAUCCAUUUACUAACUUAAUAAGUUAUUAAGAAGGAUUCAUAGAAGAACAAAAUGACUACAUCAAUAAGAAAACGUAUUCAACAUAUUUUAUCUGAAUUUGUAUUAGAAGAGGUGCAUUUAAGUCAUUUUAUUUUAAUAAUUAAGAGUUAUGUAUAUAUAUAUAUAAAAAAACCUUCAAAUAAACUGUGAUGAACAAUGCUGUUUAAUCUUUAACUGCACAUUUAUGUGAACUGGAGGGGACCCAUAUUCACAUUCACACCAGUAUAAGCAACUUGACACUAUUUGGUUAAAAGCUGUUACAAAAAAUAGCGAAGUUAAUUCUGAGAAACUCUUAAGCAUAAAUAGUGUGUAGAUGCCACUUUAGAUUAUUUGUAUGUGAAAAUAUCCAUAUAUGCAUACAGCAUUUGGAGAUAUUCCAGUGUUUCAUGCAUUUCAGAAUUUAUCUUUAUCAGCUGUAUGGCCUACUUAGAAGGCAAGUCAUUUUAGCAAUUAAAACAGAAAUAAGACAAUAUACUUUUAGAGCACACACACACAGGCAACAACAAACACCCCUUUUAUUUCUUCUCUACAUUUAUCCUCCCAUCGUAAGAAAAAACUAAUGUUUUGAUGACAAAGUUUGGGAGGAACACAUUCAAUUAAUUGACCAAUUUGACAUUCGGACAACAUGCCAAAUAUGCAUACUAUUUGCUCAAUCUAAUUACAUGUGUUAAAACAGAUAAUGUCCUGGCAGAAAAUAUUAUCUUUGCCAGAUUUCUUUCAACCCUAACACAGAAAACCAUGCAAUGUGCAAUUCAAAAUAGAAACAGAAAAAAAUAAAUACAUAAAUAAAAUAAAAUAAAAUAAAAGUGCUGGAGGAGCCAGGGCUGACGGCGUGUGAUGGGGCACACCUGACGUAAAUGGAUCCUCAUCACUGCCGCAGUUUAAAAUCCUCUCCUCGGGAGUCCGGUUUCUUCCCCGUGCAUCCACACUGGUGUCCUCAUGGGUCUAGGAAGGGUGCGUUGAGGGACUCCCACACCACCCUAGACGUGAGCUGCCGGACCCGCGGCCCGGACGAGGAUCACACCUGUUUACAUGGCCAUCAGGCCAGCAUGCCAGGCCGUCUAUCUCCGUCCAGCACCGCAGCCAACGAGAAGGAUGCAGCCACUAGAAGAAGCCGCCACCCCUCGCACCCAGAACCUGCAGAAGGGAGUGCGUGCAGCCGUCGGACUCCGCCCCUUACCUGGACCCCUCCAACUGGGCAGUUAGCUGGGUCAAGCUGAUGGUCUCUGCACCAUGAGGAGAAGAGUUUCCACCUCAGGGCGUACAGUUUCACAUCUUCAUGGACUACAUUACCCAUAUGCCCGUACCUCGGACUAAUCACCACCAGGUGUUCUUCAUUCUACGCCCUAUAUAAGCUGAAGACAAACACUAACUCAGUGCGAAGUCUUGUUUAGCCACUCUAGCAUUUUUGAGCAUUUAUCCUUGCCUGAUUAUCUGUGUAUUACCUUGGACUGUUGUGAUUCUGCAAAUCCUCUGCUACCUGCCCUACUGACCCUCUGCUUUGUCUCUGACCUGCCGAUUGUCUGCUGCCUGCCCUGAUUCAAGCCUGGUUAAUGAUCUCAAUUCUGAUUGUCUUUGAUAUCCCUGACGCUGUUGUCUAACCUCUGCCUGGUACUUCUAACUUUUCUAAAUAAACAUUGCACAUGGA